AAGGCUCCUGGAGAAAGGAAGUUUUAUUGAGGGACUCCUAUUUGAUAGUUUGUUGAGCGCAUUUCCAGGUACAUCCAGUAGGAGGCAUUAUUGUACAAGUUUUCUGCCUGUUGCCUCAUUGUGUUAUUACUGAGAGAAAGGCAGCUGCGCACUUAGUUUUCCUGCCUAUUAUUUUGGAUGUUUGUUGGCGUUUGGUGUUUCAAAGUGUUAGUUCAUGACCAUAAAACUAAUAUUCAAUACACUUUGGAAAGAAGCUCCAGUCUCCUCAUUCUUUGUGUCCUGACCGACACACCAGGAGUGUAUACUGCUGAUAGUUAGAACCAGAGCCUAGCAGUCUUAUUUCCUCUCCAACAACGGUCAUUGUUCAGUUGAAGUCGUCUGCAUCCGGAAACCUCAGAAAAUCAGCUAAUGGCUAAGCAGGCAGCAUUGUUCAUGAAGGUUCAAGGGGUAGACCAAGCUUAGACGUGACUAGGGAACAGCUGUAGCUGUUGCUCAAGCAGGGGUUCAAAGCAAAGGCCAUGGCAAGGAUGCUUGGAUGCUCAACCUCCUACAUGUACCACAAACCCCAUGCCCUAGGAAUAUGAAUGAGGGACCAAUUUACCCAAAUUGAUGAUGAUGAUCUCGAGCAGUGUGUACGAAGGCUUCAUCGGCAGUAUCCCAAAUCAGGUUAUGAGAUGAUGCAAGGAUACCUGUCAGCUGAGGGAAUACAUGUACAGAGACAACGUGUGCGUAAUAUGCUCAGUAAAAUUAACCCAGCAGCAGCAGCUGAACGGUGGAGCUGUGCUGUUGCAAGAUGGACAUACUCUGUCCCGCUUCCAAACAGUCUUUGGCACAUAGAUGGGCACAUGCGCCUUAUAAGAUGGGGAAUAGUGACACACGGAGGGAUUGACGGACACUCACGAGUCAUCACUUACCUAAGAGCAAACCUUGAUAACACUGCUUUGACAGUGUUGGCCAGUUUUGUUGGAGCAACAUUUCAGUAUGAACUCCCAUCCAGAGUGAGGUCUGACUGUGUUGGAGAAAACACACAGGUUGCUCUGCUUAUGAAUUUGAUUUAUGGUGAUGAACGGAGGAGUCACAUCACUGGAAGAUCAGUACACAACCAGCGUAUCGAAAGGCUCUGGAGAGAUGUUUUUACCCAGGUAAUUCAAUACUUCUACCACCUGUUUUAUUUCUUUGAGGAUGAGCAAAUUCUGGAUCCAGACAAUGACAUACACAGAUUCUCUUUACAACAAGUUUACCUGCCAGCCAUGCAGGAAAGACUGGACACUUUCAGAGCAGCAUGGAACAGUCACCGGCUACGUACUGAAUCAAAUCGUACACCCAACCAGAUAUGGAUGGAAGGUAUGGUUGCUAACUGUCAACAGGACACAACAGCCAUUAACCAUGUUUUCAGCCGGGUCCCACAUAAUGAAGAACUGGAGACCAUGCUGGGGUGAUAUGGAGUCCAGCUAACUCAAUUGGAAGUUAAUCAGGAUGACCUUGAAAGAGCUGUAGUAGUUACUCGACCACAAAUUAACUUAUACUUUAACAAAUUAAAAUACUUAAAGCUACACUAACAAGAAUUACUGACCUGAAGGAAAAAUAUUUGACCUGCUGCAGAGAAAUUACCAGAUUCCUACACUAGGCUGAAAAUAUGUACCACUCGAGUAUUCCGCCAUUAGGGUAAAAUACUGUAGAGUGUUUGAGAGAUUUAAUAGUACCGUACUGCAUGCUAGUUAAAUUUCAUGACUUUAUUUGUUCACGUGUAACCAUGACAUUUUAAUCAAGAUGCUAUUUGAAACAUUAAAUUUUUUUUGCAAUAAAACAACUGCAUUGUAGUUCUUUAA